AUGAGCACCGAGAAUUUCAGCGUGCCAAACUGGCUGACAAAACUUGUGGGCAAGUCCAACUGGCUCUUGUGGAGGCUUAACGUUGAGGAAGCUAUCAACGAAGUCCAUAAUACCAGUGUCUACUGGGAAAUCAUCAUGGACAAGCCUGAGCAUACUAUCAGAGAGAGCUUCGAAGCCUCCCGUGUUGCGUCCAUAACCUCUAAAUCGGAAAGCUCUUCUUACGAGUUCAGCGGCUACUCAGAUGAAGAUUCUGACGUGGUGAUUACGGGUUCAUCGAACACCAGCAAGCAUACCGGCCUCCAAGGCUCAGGCUUGCGAGUCUACAAUCGAUCCCGGUUGAAUAUCCGCGCUCGUCAGAUUCUAGCGUCCAGCCUAGAACUCGCGCCCAAAAUGUUGAUUGAUCGGAUAUCGGAUCCCCAUGAGGCAUACCUUAAACUCGAAUCCUUUUACGGUGACAUCUCCGCGCAGUCGAUCUUUGUUGCUUGGGAAAAGUUACUGAAGGUGAAAUAUUAUCCUCGGGGACUCCCUCCUGAUCGCUUCAUUGAGAGGUUUCAAUUCGCCCUCCAUGAUGUCAGGGACCUCGGUGUCAGUCUCUCCCCAACUGUCGAGUUGGCGAUGUUCCAGCAAGCAAUCAAAAGCCACUGCAACAGCACAAAGUUCAUGGCAAACAUGAAAGUCAGUAUCUACGCGCCGGAUUUUAUGGACAGUGUCUACGAUCAGUUCCUGAAAGACCAGCGUACCGAGCUGGCACCUUCGAUGACCAUCCUUGACGCUCUUCGCUAA